UCAAAUUUAUGGCUGUGGGUGAGAUGCUCACAUGGAAUUUUUCCCGUGUGUGAGGCUCUGCCCAGCCCUCUCCAGCUCCUUCGACACGUGUUCUCAGGGAUAUCUCAUGAUACAGCUGCCAUUUCCGUCUCCGAUGUACAGAUGGAGUGGGAGGAGGUGGAGGAAAUCCCGCCCGACCAUCAAACAGCAAACACAUCAUCCUUACCACCUUCAGCUGCCUCUGCAUCUCUCUCCUCUUUGUCUCCAUCUACUUUAUCUACAGAUGCACUCAGAAAGGUUUGUCACACAAAGAGCCUCCCAAGAGGUAAAUGAAUGCACAGUCUUCGGCAAGCUUCAUGCCCCACUUCCUUCCCACUCCAUUCUUCUAAGACCCCAUUUAAAUAUCGCCAAUUGCUACCCACCCCAGCCUAUUUCUGCCUCACUUUCCUCUCCAUCAAGUCUUCAUAUCCUCUACUUCCACUUUCCAUUCAUAUCCUCUCACCCAUCUCCCCCUCCCCCAUCCCACUCUCUCAGAACCAGCCAUUCUGAUUUUCCAAAGCAGGAGGAGGCAAUAGUGACGCUGAGAAUGAUCACAUGUGUAAAUAUGAGCAUGAAGCCAGCUGCGCUGGGUGACACCUGGAAUCCAACACUCAGGAGGCUGAAGCAGAAGACUGUGAAUUUGAGGUCAACCUAAGCUGCAUACAGAGAGCAUAUCUCAACAGACACACAUAGAGAA